AUGAAAGUCUCAAUUUUCUUGUUUAUUCUUGUACUCGCUGCAGGUGAAAUGAGUCUGGAUAUGGACGUAUCGGUCUUAACGAAUUUCGUUGUAAGCUUGGUUAAAACCAGGCAUACAAUAGUGUUUUCAUGUUUGCUUCAAGAUUUUAAAGAAACGACUCUUGCAUUAAUGGAAAGAAACCAAUUUGUGAGUGUCGUACAUCUAAACCAAACUUAUAACCUUCCAUCUAUAUUGACAAGAGAAAGUCCUGCUCGAACUUCUAUCCUAGUGAAUGCCAGAUGUAGUGGAACAUCUGAGCUACUUUUUGAAGCCUCCGAAAACAGAUACUUGAACAAAACCUACCAAUGGUUUUUCUGGGGUGUAGAUCUUGACGUACAAUCCUUAUUUCCGUUAAAUCUGAAUUAUGUCGGUCCAAACGCUCAGAUAACCUAUGUAAAUAAAACCAAGGAGGGCUACGCAUAUUGGGAUGUUCAUUCGAAAGGACGACAUUUGAAAUCGCAGUUGGAAAUUAAUUUGAUAGCCACUUUGAUAAAUGGCACAGUUAAUAUAGUUUGUGAUAUUUUUCAUUUGCAAAGCAUUGAUUUUCGCGGUCAAUUUAACGGAAUGUCACUUAGAGGAGCGAGCGUGAUCGAUAAGGAGGAUAUUAUUUCAAAUGAGCAAAUUGAAUCUAUUCUUUCACGGCCCACGAAGGACUCUGGAGUAGCAGCAUUUAUAAAAUAUCACUACGAACUAUUGGGACUAUUACGCGACCGUUUUAACUUCACCGUUAACUUUCGAAAUUCUAGGGGAUGGGCUGGCCGGUUGGGAAAUACUACUUUUCGGCUUGGUCUCUUAGGAAUAAUUAUGCGAAAUGAGGCAGAUAUUGCCGCAUCUGGAGCAUUCAAUCGCAUUAACCGCUUCGCAGAGUUUGAUAUAAUACAUCAAAGCUGGAAAUUCGAAACUGCGUUUCUAUACCGAUAUACUCCAGAUUUAUUUACGCCUGGAACGGACGGUACUGCGUGGGCAGGAAACUUUCUAUCACCAUUUAGCGGCAGCGUAUGGUUUUUUUCAUUAUUAACCCUAGGUUCAUUUAGCAUAAUUUGGGUGCUAUUUGAAAUUAUAGACUGCAAGUUUUUGCAUAGAGGAGAUUAUUCCCAAGACCAAACAAAAACUACAUGCAUCGAACGAGUUCUUCAGACAUUUGGAGCUUGUUGUCAACAGGGAUUGGACCCCAAUCCGAAAGAUCGUUCUGUACGCUUUCUUGUAAUGACCUUAUUCUUGUUCUCUCUUGUAAUGUACAACUAUUAUACAUCUUCUGUGGUUGGUGGCUUGUUAAGCUCUUCAGAUCAAGGACCAGCUACUGUUGAUGAGAUAACUUCUAGUCCUUUAAAAAUUUCUUUUGAGGAUAUUGGUUACUACAAAGUUUUAUUUCGAGAAAGCAAAAAUCAAUCCAUUACAAGACUAAUAGAGAAGAAACUAUCUUCGACGAGAAGUUCAAAAGAAUUGGCGAUUUUCAGCCAUAUAGAGGAAGCUGUUCCAUAUCUUAAGGCCGGCGGUUUUGCGUUUCACUGUGAAGUAGUUGACGCUUACCCGGUAAUUGCAGAAUUUUUUGAUGCAAAUGAGAUCUGCGAUCUGCGUGAAGUCUCUGGUCUAAUGGAGGUUGAAAUAAUGAAUUGGAUCUUACAUAAAAACAGCCAGUAUACUGAAAUAUUUCGAACGGCUAUGUGUAACGCCCAGGAGAAAGGUUUUGUGGAGCGCAUACUUCGGCGGCGGCAAAUCAAAAAGCCUACCUGUCUGUCACUAUACACUGUUUAUCCUGUGAGCCUAUCAGGAGUGUUACCCGCAUUCAUAACUUUAUUCUGUGGAUAUAUAAUUUCCCUGAUACUUUUGUGUAUGGAGAAAUUAACUGGUCUCCAGAAUUAA